CGGCCGAUACACCCCCCGAGCGAAGUGAUCUGAGGAGUCACAUCUAUGGCAUAGAGCAGCAUAUGGCGGUAUCUGAGGAAGUAUAUAAUGCAGGUCCAAGCCCAUUUCUGUGUCGUGUCUAUCUCGACCCCAUCAAGCCCAUCAAAUCUCUGAAUCAUUUAGGGCAACUGGUCAAGCUCAAGUUCAAGUUCAAGCUCAUACAAUGGCUCCGAAUCCCAGUUGCAACAAAUGCAGUGGUCUUGGGACCUACAACGAUUCGUGUGGCAAUUGCAAUGGCAAUAAGACCGUGACGGAAAAAUGUACGCGUUGUGACGGAAAAGGGCACCAUGGAAGCGCUGAAGACUGGACUUGUGACCACUGUGACAACGGCGAGGUCAAGAAAAACUGCGGUGACUGCUAUGGGCAAGGGACAACCGUUGAGACUUGUUCUUGCGGUUAGCAUUGGCGAGCAAGCAUGCACCUAUAUUAUAGGGUUACUUUGGAGGUAUCCCUAUAACCUCUA